AUGUCCCUUAAACACCCCACCCUCGGCCCCGACCAAAUCGCCCAAUUCCGCGAAGUCUUCGACCUCUUCGACAAGGACCACACGGGCGACAUCACCGCCGAAGAGCUGGGCGUGGUCAUGCGCGAGCUGGGCUUGAACCCCUCCAAGUCGGAGCUCGAGGACCUGGUCAAUGAGGCCGACAUUAACAAGGACGGCGUCAUUAACUUUGAGGAGUUUCUGAAUCUGAUGUCAGCCUCGGUCAAGGAAACCGACACCGAGAAGGAGCUGCUGGAGGCGUUCAAGGUCUUUGACAAGGACGGGUCCGGCACCAUCUCGACGGAGGAGCUCAGGGCUGUCCUCAAGAGUCUGGGCGAGGACAUGACGGAUGCGGAUGUGGAUGAGAUGAUCAAGUUGGCGGAUAAGAAUGGGGAUGGGCAGAUUGAUUAUACCGAAUUCGCCCAGAUCAUGAAAUAG